AUUUGUUUUUCAGAGAUGCCUUCCUAUGUUCAUAGGAAGAAGAUGUGUUAAAAGAAUCUCAAAAACCCAUAGCCCUGAGAGGAAACUGCAGCAUUUCAUUGGACAAAUUGGAAAGAAAUACGUUGACAGCCAACUUGGAGCCAGUUCUUUUCCUUUUACAGCUGUGGAAUUUCUUUGCAGCUCAAUAUUUGAUAUGAUAGAGGACUCUGGUGUGAGAUUCCCACCAUUAUGCCUUCUAUGAAACCAGCCUGCUUGUUAAUAAUCAGCUUCACAAUAUGGCUUAUUGUGCCUCAUCUCUGUCUGGCAUCUGUGCAAGCCAUGUUUGGGACAACUCCCAACAUUAAACACAUUGUGAUAGGAAGAUGCUUCACUUACACCACACUGGUUCAGACUGGUUCAAGGUAUGACUGUGAGGAGAUCUGGAGGCAGUUUGAAAAAGCGGUCGUCCAGCGGUCCUCUUGUAACGUGACAGAAGAACAUUAUUUCAAAAUGUUUAACAUGAUGCCACAAAUCUGGCCAUGUGAUAGGUUUCUUUUUUGGAGUAAAACCAGGAUGUUGGUGCACAGCUAUGCAGCUGUUUUUCGCCAUUUCUGGACACUAGAGGACACUUUGGUUGGUUACUUAUUCAAUGACCUCAUCUGGUGUGGCCAGGAGGAAGACUCCGACUUUGAUUUCAACUAUUGUCCAGCAUGGUCAACAUGCAGAACCCAUCCAGUUUACUCCCUGUGGAAGCAUGCCUCAAAAAAUUUUGCAGAGAUGGCAUGCGGCAACAUCACUGUGUUGCUAAAUGGGUCUAUUGUUAAUGCAUUCAACAGAAAAAGCAUGUUUGGAAGUGUUGAGCUAGACAGCCUGAAUCCCCAAAGAGUGAACUAUGUCAACAUUAAGGUGGUGACAAAUCCAGAGGGACCGCACAUAGAAUCAUGCAGUCGAGGAUCUGUCGUCGAGCUCAUCCAGAUACUCUGUUCACGAGGUUUCCGAUGGACCUGCACAGACAAUGACCUGACUUUAGUGAUCCUUCAGUGCAUCCAAGACCUGAAUCAGCCCAGCUGCAAGAUGUUGGCAAACAGCUUGUUGCAACAAAAGGACCUAACUACCACCUGAAUCCUUUCCUGAAGCCAUGUACUCUGGUGUUAAUAUUUCAUGCCUUAAAAUACCUCUGUGAGUUAGCUAAUGUCAUUUAUUAGAAACAAUGUUUGCGCCAACCUCCAAGACACAUUACAUAUACAGCAUUUGUUCCACAUUAUGUUGUAUAUAAUUAAGGGAUACUAAUAAUUGAACUUUAUUGAUCCCACAAGAGAAUGGGAAUGGAGAAAUGUACCUCUGCAUUUAAUCCAUCUCCUUGUGGACCAGUGGGCUGCCAUUGUGCAGCACCGGUGGAGCAGUGUGGGGUUAAGGGUCUUGCUUAGGACCCCAGAGUGGAGGCAGUGGGAACCCAGGUACUUGCAACCUUCUCAGAGCACAAGCGCACUGCUCUAACACAUUAGGACAACACUCCCCCAGUGAGAUGGCUCAGAAUUCAGAAUGUCUUGCAAUUUGCUCAGCAUAUCCAGUUACCAAUAAAGCAGUUCUUCAAAUA